AAAAAAAUUCACAAAUACUAGGCGAUUACAAAAUUUGACAAAAAUCACAAACACGACGCAAGGUGAGGAACUGCAGCGGCGGCACGAGAUAGUCGAGGCGGAGGCGCAUCCACCCGGCGUAGGAGGCUGUCGACGGCGAGGAGCGACGCCACCUCCUCAAGGUGCCACCCCUGGAGGUAGGCGGCGACCUCGACGCCUCGCCUGCGGCCGCCUCCGCCUUGCCCGCGGCCGCCGCCGCCGCCUCCGCCUCCGCCUCCGCGCGCGCCAGCGGCCGCCGCCGCCUCCUCCAUGGCCGCGUUCUCCGGCUGCGCUUCGCCACUCUCCACCACCCUACGCUCUGGCCUCGCCCCGUUCACGCUGCGCCACCGCCUCCGCCUCCGUCGACUCCGCGCCUCCGCCGCCACCCUCCGCGAGGUCUGCGCCGGCCGCGUCCCGGAGCACGUCCUCCAGAGGGCUGAGGAGGUUGGCUAUGUCGUCCCUACCGAGGUGCAGGAGCAAUCCUUGCCUGUCCUCUUGUCUGGCCAAGACUGCAUCCUCCACGCACAGACGGGUUCUGGAAAGACACUUGCCUAUCUAUUGUCGGUGUUCUCGGCCAUAGAUUUUGGGAGAUCCUCGGUGCAAGCGCUGGUUGUGGUCCCAACCAGGGAGCUCGGCAUGCAGGUUACCAAAGUUGCUCGAAUACUUGCAGCAAAGGCCUGCACCGUUAUGGCUUUGCUUGAUGGUGGAAUGCUAAGGAGGCAAAAGAGUUGGGUAAAGGCAGAGCCCCCGGCUAUAAUUGUUGCUACUGUUGCAAGCUUGUGCCAAAUGAUUGAGAAGCGUGCUUUCAGUCUUCAGUCUAUGAGAGUAUUAGUUAUUGAUGAGGUUGAUUUUAUUUUUGGGUCGUCAAAGCAAGUAAGCUCUCUUCGCAAAAUAUUAACAUCUUAUUCAGCAGCUUCCAGUCGUCAGACCAUAUUUGCUAGCGCAUCGAUUCCUCAGCACAAUCGCUUUGUGCAUGACUGUGUGCAACAUAAGUGGACUAAGACUGAUGUGGUUCAUGUUCAUGUCAACCCUGUACAACCCAUGCCCUCUCACCUCCAGCACAAAUAUGCGAUCUGCAGUAAGAAGGAAAGGUUGCAUGUUUUACUAUCCUUGCUUGAGAAGGAUGCACCAAAGUCAGGGAUUAUAUUUGUUGCUGAACAGUCUGAGAAAUCAAAGAAGGCUGGACACCCUCCUUCAACUACUGUUGUUGUUGAAUUCCUGAGAACUACGUACAUGGGAAGCCUAGAGGUCCUUCUACUGGAAGAAGAUAUGAAUUUCAAUGCCCGUGCUACAUCAUUCACCGAGGUCAAGGGAAAAGGCUUUCUUCUAGUUUCCACUGACAUAGCAAGCAGAGGGUUUGACCUCCCACAAACCAGCCACAUAUACAACUUUGACCUUCCCAAGACGGCUAUUGACUAUCUGCAUCGUGCUGGAAGAACUGGGAGAGAACCAUUCUCCAAGUUAGCUUGCAGCGUGACAACCCUCAUAACAGAGGAUGAGCACUUUGUAUUACAGAGAUUUCAGAAUGAACUCAAGUUCCAUUGUGAAGAGCUACCUGUAGAAUCCAUGUUCGCAUUUAACUUGUGACGUCCCUCACUGGAUGUAAAUAGCCAUUUCUCUUGAUUUCAUCCCCCGGUUGGAGGUUUUUCUUUUUUCUGUUUAAUCUAGAUGAAGAGGUUUGAACAAGUGUCCUGGUUAUUUUCCCUCUGGAGAGUGGAGAAAGAUGUUGAACGUAUUUAUAUUAAAGCAUAAAGUUGUUAUGUAUCCUUAAUCCUUAUUCACUGGAUUGUAGCUUUUUUAAUGGAAAUUCCCAUUAGUUGCAA